UGAGCCUUGCCUGAGCCCAGCACGUCCCUCUCGCGUGGCCCAGUUACACCUCCGCCGCUGCCGUGACGAAGCCCUCGGGAGGAAGCUCUAAGACCCUCCGUCCCUGCCGCCCCUCCCUCCUCGUGGCUGCCCGUUGAAGCAAAGUGCUGGCAAGCCACAGGAGCCCACGCCAGGCUCGGGAGGCGUCACCACUGUCGUCACCCUAGAGGAGGAGCCGCUUGAACCACCGUCGUGCCUCAGGUGAAUUUGUUGCUGGAGGCGCCGCGGCUCGAGGAGUGAGGAGCUGCCCUUUCCUCUUUGCCCACCCACCAGCUAGGUGUGCGCGCGGUAUCCAUCAGUGUCUCGUGAAAAAUGUGUCUGAGGGUGACGCCGCGUGAACAAGACGCUUAACAGUCGAAGAUCUGAAGACCGCAGCGUGUGUGGAGUGGAGGGUCGGCGGGGCGGCGGCAGCUCCAUGAUGCCCCUCUGCCCCGCCGCCUGAGCCAUGCCGAGUCGAGGCACCGUCUUCGUGCACGUCCCCCUCAGCCACACUUUCACCAUCCAGGUCGUUGGGGGGGACGGCACACCUUUCUAUGUAGCCCAGGCGGGGCGGACGUGUGGGCUGCGGGAGGGGGACAUGGUGGUGGGCGUGAACGGGGCCUCCACCUUCCGCUGGCCCCUCGCCCUCCUGCAGCAGACCCUCAAGAAAGCCUCGAGGGACGUCGUGUUUGAGGUGCUCAGGGAGAUGGGAGACAGCGCGGCGUCGGUGGGAGUGCCAGCCGGCGGGGCGGGGCUGGGCGCGGCGACCCUCAGCCAGCACCACAGCGCCGUCACCAAGGCCGUGCAUGAGGCAGAGGACUUGCCUGUUGUGUCCGAGAAUGGUAAGAUUGAUGAGUCCUGUGUAGAAUCCCCUCAGGGAGCGCCAGCAAGGCCGGCCUCCCCGCCCGCCUCCCCACCCUGUAGUGAGAGCAUGGCUCCCGUCGCCGCUCCCGACACGGAGGCGCAAACAGUCACGAGCUCCCAGACCAGCCACUCCAGGACCUCCGUCCAGUCCGCCGUGAGCCUGCAGGGCGCGGAAGGUGGACUGCAGGGCAACGUUCAAUCACAAUCCGUUCAGAACUUCAGCAGCCAAUCCCAAGCCAUCCACGCACAGUCCAUACAGUCUGGUAGCGUCGUACAGUCACAAACCACCACUAUCAACGGCCAGCAGUCCAGCGCCAUCAACGGGCAACAAUCCACCGUCAGUGUCAGCCAGUCACAGUCGGCACAGAGCGUCAGCCAGUCCGAAGUGGCGGCAUCCGCCUUAGAGGCACCCGUUGACCAGCCCCGCCUCGAGCAUCCUUCCGUCGACGAAAACGCCAAUUCUAUCCCCGAAGAGGUCACGGCCCAACCCGAGCCCGCAGCGGCACCUGAACCCGCUGUGGUGCAAGAAGCAACACCUGAGGCACCUGAAGUACAAGAACCAACAACUGUCCCUGAACCGCCUUCGGCUCCAGAACCAGUAGUAGCCCCGGAACCGGUUGUACAUCCAGAACCAGCCGUGGUGCAGGAAACUGAAGCGACCCCAGAACCAUCUGCAGCUCCAUCAGAGGCCAUCACGCAAGAGCCAGCUGCACCGCCUGAACCGGCUAUGGUACAAGAAACGAUGAAAACACAAGAAUCUACUCCACCUCCAAAACCUGAAUCUGCCCCAACGCCACAAGAGCCUGCAGCGCCAACACCGGAAGCCCCACCACCCGCUGCACCCGAGCCCGUCUCAGCACCCCAGCCAGAGCCAACACCCGAAGUGGAGCCAGUGGCGGCACCUGAACCGGAGCCUUGUCUCGAAACCACGGUGAGGGGCGGCGGCUCUGCGGUGGAGGAGAUCAGCCAGGAGCACAUCAAGGAACAGCUACACGAAAUCAUCACUGAGAUAGAGCAGCAGGUUCUCCCCGAGCAGGAGCAGGAGCAACAGCAGCAGGAGGAGGUACAGCAGGGAGGUGUUGGUGUUGGAGUAGCUAAGAGAGACAUUAAACCAUCGGAGGAGGCGCGGCCAGUGGUGGGGGAGGAUGGCCGCUCCCUCUACUCUGAAGAGGUUGAAUACUACGAUGAGGACGGCGUCUUGCACCACACGUGGAAACCUAAAGGGAAGUACCAGGUGCCCAAGACAGUCAUCCAGUACGAGGACAUUGUGCCGAUCGCAGUGCCCGAUGUCGCGUUCUCCCUGAAGGCUGAGCCGCCCAAGCCAGCGCCGCCGCCCCCUCAGCCCGAGCCGCCCAAGCCUGUACCCCAGCCCACGGUGGAGAUACCGCGGGAGAAUCAGAACCUCACUAACGGCAACGUCUCCCCCAUCGAGAUCCCAGCAGGCAUCCCGCUCUUGGCUCGCAUCCUCCCCAAGGACCAUGAGGAAGGGGACAAGAAGAUGAUCAGCCUGGAGCGUCUGUUCACCCCCGCCACGGACUCCGGAGACCUAACCCCAAAGAGAAGUCCGUCCAAGAAAGCCUUCGCGUCCUCAUCCUUCUACCGCCCCGACCACCCGACCAUCGACGACCAGGUGGAGCUUGCGCAGAGGAUUUCCUUCUCGCUGGUGGACGAGAACAACAAGAUGAGCCGCGGCCAGUCCAUGUACAUGAAGAGGAAGAAGAGGUCCAUGCGCUGGAUACACGCAGGAGGAGAUAACGACGAGGAGGCCGCAGGUUCUGGUGAGGGCGGCGAGGGCCAGGAGGAUGACCAGACCCUCAAACACCCUCCAGCGCGCCCCGCCUCCGUGCCCGCCGCCCCCCAGGCGGACACCAAAAAACCACCGAUGAAGCUCCUGAUGAGUCCCAAGGGCGUGCAGGACUUCCAGGCCGUGCAGGAACACUACCAGGCGCUCAUGGAUUCCAUCCCCACCAGCCCCGAAGUCGGAAAGAUCGUGACGGAGGUGCAGAGUCCGACGGGCAAGGGCGCUGAGCUCUUCGCCAAACGAAAGAAGAGAAUGGACAAGUUCAUCGUGGACGAGACGACGGUGCAGAAGGCGCAGACCUCCGCCACCACCACCAGCACCUCCACCAGGACGCAGCAGCAGCAGUCCAUCAGCUCCACCGCCAACGACCUGGCCCUCAAGAAGUCGGCGGUGGAGGAGAGGAACAGACAGCAACAACAGAUACUGGAGCAGUUCCUGAGGAGCAGGGAAGAGAGCCUCACCCUGGUCAAGUCCCCGUGGCAGGCGGCCAUGGAGACGGGCACUCCCGACGCGGCCUUCGACGAUAAGAGACAGAAGCUAAAGGGCGCAUUUCACAGGCCUGGGAGCAGCGAGCGGCCCGAGCUGGCCAACACCGUGGUCGAGCGAGCAGACAACAAGCUGGCGCAGGCGGCGUCGUGGCUCGAGCCGCCCAAACCCGUGUCGUUGAUGGCGGCGCCCCUGUCCGCUGAGGUGAUCCCCACUCCAGCAACCCCUCCCACAGGCCCGGCAGCCAUCUACACUGCCGAGGUGAAGGUGGUGCAGCGCUCCUCCUUACCCCCCACCCCGGCCCCGGACGUGCCUCGGGCCGUGCUGAGCCAGGCAGAGAAGGACAAGCGUAACUCCCUCAACUUUAACCUGGCGGCCAAGGGCUGGGGCACCUACAACACCCACUACAAGCCGAUGACCUUCGCCACGUAAAAGCAUCGAGUAGGAUGGCCUUCAGGAUGAUCUGACAAUUAGUGGGCCUGACAGAGGUGGCGGUGCAAGCCUCCAGCGACGUCGCUGGCCGUCUCUGCUAAUGCUGCCGGACGUGUUGUAUAUUUUCGUCUUCGUUUCUCCAAUCACCAAUACUCGAGUUUGCGAUUUACAUAACAUUAUUUUCAUGCGCAGUGAAUUUAUCAAACCCAUUAGCUUUAAAUACUGUGCUUCAAUUCUGGCAUAAAGUUUCAUCAGCAGUGCGUUAGUUUUGAGUUCUUUAUUCUGUGUUCUUUUGAUUUUCCUUUCCUUCGUAUAGUUCAGCCAACUUUACUUACUGUGAACGGCUUCCUGUAGCGCCGUGCCUGUAGAGUCAUUUGUCGACAAUCUUCGUCUUCCUUUAAUGCAUUAUUUUCAUGUACUCAUAGUGCUCUGGAAUAAGCCAGUCUUUGUGAUGAGCAUCUCUAUCUUUACGUUCCUAAUGUUUCUUAACCAUAGUUAACACCCUUUGGUCGAGUUCCAAGGAAGAUGCCCAGCUUGGUGACGAAAAGGGCGUGUUGUGCCGGAACUGUACCCUCCCCCUCGACAUUUCAUUGUUGUUCAUAUUCAGUGUCGCACACCCUCCUCCCCCUCAAAGUGCUGCUGGGGCUCCUUCUCAGCUAUUUAUGAACUGGUAAUAGUGAGAAGGAAGGCCUGGCGCGGCGGCGAGGCUGGAGGUGGUGCGGGAGCGUUAGGGCAGCCAGGGAAUGUUUCAUUCAGCCUUUGAGUGGUUGUGCUGGUGGGGCAGACGUCGCCCAGUCCUGCGUGCGUAUGUCACCAUGCAUCACUAGUGACCUUAAGAUCGUCUCCCGCGCACCACGAACACCCUACCUCCGCAGGAAGUAGGUUUGGUGCGGCGUGUGGCAGCGUGUAGGGAGGCCAGGUGCUUCGCUGUCCCCCGCAGGGCUGAGCGACUUCUGGGCGGGCGUGGACCGGGCCUUCCCUCCCACGCCGCGCCCACGCUCCUGCCUCCAUGACACUGCCUUCUGCCAUGUAUCUUGUGAAAAAAUAUAUACACAAUUAUAUAUUGAA